AUGACAAACAAUCUUCAGAUGAUGUUUAAAUUCGGCACUGAUGUAUGGGACCCGACUCAUCGGUUCGAGACUUCUUGGUUGUUAUCUCCUUGGGCGCUUUUUGUGGUUAGGGCGAGUAUCUCACUCUACACAUUUUUCGUUCUCCUCUUUGUUAUUUUCUGGGAGAUAGCCAGGAUACCCAAUGGCACCGCAGCCGCGCGAUUCGAAUUCUCCUAUUUCACCAUCCUCUGCUACUGGGGCCUAGCAUUCUACUUUGCCAUUUCCGCCGUCCACACCUUUACAUAUGCGCGGAGCGGAACACCCCUGCUGUCGCGCUUUCCGCGUCCGCUACAAGCCCUCCACGCUCUAUACAACAGCACCAUAAUGUGUUACCCACCAUUAGUAACCAUCGUCUACUGGGGGCGCUCCCCCGCCUUGGAUUCAUCUCUUCUGGCUGAUUGUGAUUCUGGCGUGUUAUCUGGGAUUGGCAUAUAUAACUGUCGCGACGAAACAUCAAUAUGUUUAUUCAUUUUUGGAUCCGCGGGUGUCGAAAAAUGGUAUGGUGGCCGCGUAUGUGUUUGGGAUUGCGGUAGGGAUUUGUGUGGUUUUUUGUGUGGUGAGGGGAGUGGUGGCGUUGAGGAGAUGGGCGACUGA